AUGUCUUCCGAACAGAAGCCCCUCAGCUGGUGGAAGCGUCACUGCACCCCGCCGCCAGCCAUCAACCGCACUCCCCAAUGUCCAUGCUCCGCCUGCUGGAACGGCAACGGCGAGCACUGGAGGACAACGGUACCAGAGACACCGACCACGACAUAUUCUGCUGCUCAGAACGUGUUGAGGAAAGAGAUGCGGACCUCAGCCCUACGGCGAGAAACCGAAUCAGACCUGGAGCCACUCCGCUGCGAAGAAGCAUCUUCGACCACGAACCUCAGCGUAUACUCUCAGGAAAGCAGAGCCAGCUCGGAUAGAGUCUCGCUCACCGACAUUCACCGCCUGGUUCGAGGGAAGGAAAUCGUCUAA